CUCCCCGGACCCUGCAUUCACUAUAUCUGGCCUCCCCGGACCCUGCAUUCACUAUGUCCGGCCUCCCCGGACCCUGCAUUCACUAUAUCUGGUCUCCCCGGACCCUGCAUUCACUAUGUCCGGCCUCCCCGGACCCUGCAUUCACUAUGUCCGGCCUCCCCGGACCCUGCAUUCACUUAUGUCUAGCCUCCCCGGACCCUGCAUUCACUAUGUCCGGCCUCCCCGGACCCUGCAUUCACUAUGUCCGGCCUCCCCGGACCCUGCAUUCACUAUGUCCGGCCUCCCCGGACCCUGCAUUCACUAUGUCCGGCCUCCCCGGAUCUUGCAUUCACUAUAUCUGGUCUCCCACAGUACAC